AUGGAGGUCAAGAUAGUAUCCAGAGAGUGCAUCAAACCCUCUUCACCUUCGCCUUAUCACCCCAAAACCCACGAAAUGUCUCUCCUCGACCAGUUCAUUGCUCCUGGCUAUUUUCAUGUUCUACUCUACUAUCCAAUGAACCAAGAGACAGUAUUGAACCUGGAUUUCAUCUCCAGCAGAUCUCAACUCCUCAAGCAGUCCCUAUCAGAUGCAAUAAAUCUCUAUUAUCCACUCGCAGGGAAGAUCAAAGAGGAUCUUUCUAUAUCUUGUAACGACGAUGGAGUCUCUUACAUGGUGGCUGAAAUCAACGGCACUUGUUUAUCUGACUAUCUCAGUCAACCAGAUCUCACUCAGAUCACUAAGUUACUUCCAGAUGUGAUGGUAGAAAAUAAGGUAAUUACUUCAGGAGAUCAUGUUGCCGUGAUACAAGAAUCCAGAUUUCCUUGUGGUGGCAUCACUCUAGCCGUGGUUGUUUCGCACAGUCUGUUCGAUGGAGCUUCGAUGUGUGCAUUUCUUAAAACUUGGGCAGCCAUGGCAGUUAAGUCUAGCAAUCAUCAACAAGUUCAAGUUGUAGUCAAUCCCAACUUUGACGCUCCCUCCAUCUUUCCUCCUGUUGAUGAAUUCCCAAAGGAAGCAAUGUUAGGUGCCAUAUUAGACCAAUUUCUCAGACAAGGCAAGUGCGCUCUGAAAAGAUUUGUUUUUGAUGCUUCUGCAGUAGCUAGGCUCAAGGCCAGAGCAACUAGCCAUGGAGUGCCAAAUCCAUCGCGAGUAGAGGUUAUUACUGCCCUCCUCUGCGAAAGCACCAUGAAGGCAAAAGCUCCCAUUCGGAGGCCAACCUUGAUAACACAUUCUGUGAACAUGCGUCGAAGGGCUGUCCCUGCAUUCCCAGAGUUGAUGGUUGGAAAUUUGGUUUGGAUUGCAGCUGCUACGGUGUUAGGUGGCGAGGACGUUGAGUGGAGUGGUUUACUGGGAAAGAUGAGGGAAGCAAUAUUGAAAAUAGACAACGAUCUUGUGAAGAGUCUACAAGUGGGUGGAGACUUGUUUCCGCUUGUAAAGGAGAUAGGUGGAGCAGCUGCUGGUGGAUUUGAAGCUAUUUUGUGCGGCAGUUUGUGUAAUUGUGGCCUCUACAAUGUUGAUUUUGGAUGGGGGAAUCCUUGGUGGGUAAGUAUUGUGCCAGGUCCAGAUUUUGCCAAAUUCACGAGUAUGUUCUAUCUAAUGGAUAUAAGAGACAACAAAGGAGUAGAAGCAUGGGUGUGCAUGGAUGAAGAAGAAAUGCUUACACUAGAAAAUGACAAGGAGCUCCUUGCUUUUGCUUCUGUGGAUCCAAGUCCUUUGAGUCUAGCAAAUUGUGAUUCUCAUCCAUGA